GAUUAUAACAUACCUAGAAAUGAGUCCACCAAUAGAUAUGUACCAUAUAGUCAAUAUAAAGGCAAAACAUACAUAUAUGUAGAAAAUGAUACAGAUGAUGACAAAUAUAUGUUUACAUCUGAUACCACGGACGUGACUUCCUCGUCCGAAAGUGAGUAUGAAGAAAUAGAUAUGUAUAUGCCACGUAGUCCUAAAUAUAAAACAUUGAUUGAAUUGGUAUUAAAACCAAGUACAAAUAAUAACGUACAAGAUACACACGAUGAUACACCAUAUACACAAAACGUACCACCAAGUGACAUACCCAUAAACAAACUUACAGAUAAUGAAUGGAACAAAAUAAAACAGGAUUUUAUAUCUAACAUGUUACAAACUGAUAAUAUGGAUAUAUCUCGUGAAAAUCUUAGUGGAAACACUACAGAUAGCCCACCCAAUACUGUGGAUAGUAGUAUGGAAGAAAAACCUUUUAUUACUCAAAUUCAAGAUAGAUUUCUUGAUAAUAGUCGUGAAGAGGUUAUUUAUAAUAUUGAUUGGAAUAUACCAAAACAAAACGAAAUAACUAGUAAUACAAUGGAUGAUCCAAAAUAUGUUUCAAAUAAUAUAUAUAGUGGAAUAGAUUUAAUUAAUGAUUCGUUAAAUCGUAAUCAUAAUGUUGAUAUUUAUGAUGAGUUGCUCAAAAGAAAAGAAAACGAAUUAUAUGAAACAAAUAAUACAAAAAAUACAACUUUUAAUAACGUUGCUACACAAAAAUAUGAUGAUCUUAUAAGUAAUCAAAAAUAUUUGUUUCAUAAAUGGUUAGAUAGACAUAGAGAUAUGUGCGAAAAAUGUAGUAAUAAAGAUGAAUUAUUAGAUAAAUUGAAUGAGGAGUGGAAUAAUGAAAAUAACAUUCAUUGGUCAAAGGAUAUUUAUGAUGAAAAUAAGCACAAAAUGCUUCUAAUUCACGAAGAAUAUAAUUUAAAUAAUACAAAAACUAAUUAG